CGUGUGCUUUGUGUUUGAAAGAAAAACACACACACAUGUUCUUCGUUGCUGCUUCGUUGGGUUAAAAACUUUUUUUUUUUUUUUCUUGCUUUUGCGAAGUCAAAGAUAAAAAAAAUAAACAAGCAGAAUGGAGAAUCUACCUCCUGGUUAUCGUCCCAAUGUUGGUGUUUGUCUAAUCAACUCGGAUAAUCUGGUAUUUGUAGCUUCGAGAUUGAAUGUUCCUGGAGCAUGGCAGAUGCCUCAGGGAGGCAUUGAAGAUGGGGAAGAUCCAAAGUCAGCAGCCAUGAGAGAGUUACAAGAAGAGACUGGUGUCGUUUCAGCUGAAAUCGUCUCUGAGGUUCCAAAUUGGUUGACAUAUGACUUCCCACCUGCAGUAAAAGCAAAGGUUAACCGUCUUUGGGGCGGUGAAUGGCAUGGUCAAGCUCAGAAAUGGUUUUUAGUGAGACUGAGAAACGAUGAGGACGAAAAAGAGAUCAAUCUAGCGAACAACGAAGCGGAUUCAGAGUUUGCGGAGUGGAAAUGGGCGAAACCGGAAGAAGUGAUAGAGCAAGCAGUGGAUUACAAAAGGCCAACCUAUGAAGAAGUCAUCAAGACUUUUGGUUCCAUCUUGAACGAUACAGGAAGAGCUUCUAAAUGUAAAUCAGCCAAGUGGUAAUAUAAGAAACCAAGAAUCAAUGUUUGUCUUUUUAUUAUUUUUUGUUAACUGUUGUUUUUCUUUUUUUGGGGGGUUCUUUUUAGUAGAACCCUUUUGGAAUGCAAAAAGCUUUCUCUAGGUGUUUAUUACUUUUCAUUUUUGUAAAUUGGUUAUUGGUACUAGAAGGUUUUUUGGUUUUAUUUUAACGUGGAGUUAUUGUAAUAAAGUCGUUGUUUGGAUUCAGAAAGAAA